ACAGUGAUAAAGUGAAAAACGGUGUUUUUUUUUUUUUUGGGGGGGGGGGGGGGGUCACUCUACCUUGUAAGAGUACAGUCAGAGCCCUAAAUUCACAUGGGUUACAUCCCCAAAGCACUUUCAAAUCAGGAAUUCAUGAAUACUGACUCAACUAUAUUACCAAAAUUCUUAAUUUUGGAGAAUACACCUUAACUCUUUGACUGUUUCGGUCGUAUAUAUACGUCUUACGAGGUACCGUGUUUGACAUAUAUAUACUCAUAAAUUCUAGCGGCUUCAAAUCAAGCAGGAGAAAGCUGGUAGGCCCACAUGUGAGAGAAUGGGUCUGUGUGGUCAGUGUGCACCAUAUAAAAAAUCCUGCAGCACGCAGUGCAUAAUGAGAAAAAAAAAAAACUCCGGCUGUUUUUUUUAAUUAAAAUGCAGACUUUGUGGUCUAUUUUCGUAUAGUAUUUAUGGUUGUAUUCUCGUUUUCUUGGUCUCAGUUGAUAGAAUGGAAAACAUAUUAUAGAAAUAGAGGUGAUUUUGAUUGGUUUUACUAUAAAAAGAACCUGGAAAUGAAGCUCAAAGUAGGGGAAAUGUUUGAUUUUUGACAAUGUUCAAAAGUAAACAAACGAUGUCAUUGUCCAAUAAAUGUCCAACUAGCCAUUCUAAUAUGCAGUCAUGAAUGGGUUAACAUUAUUUGUACAAUUAUUACAGUAUUGCAGUAGUCUGCAUAACAGUAAAUCUUCUAUUUUUUGUUUGAAUAAAAAUUCAAAAUAGAAAGCAAGAGUAAUAUCAGAGGGGCUUGGAGACGUGACAGAUGAACAAAGAAAAUGUUAUUUUAGAGCCAGGAAUGUCUGCAUUGUUCAUUCUGGACCUUAUUUUGAAAUUGUCAUAUUUUUUAAUUUUUGUGAAAUUGGCCAAAUUGAAAAUUUCUGACCACGUUAUUCGGUAGUUGAAAUCGGUAAAUGGGUAGUUUCUUGUGCUCAAUCGAUAGAAAAAAAAGGAGUUCUAAAGAAAUAGCUAUGAGUUUGGUCGACUGGAACAAUGGAAUUAGCCGAAAAUAGGGCUCAAAGUGGGCGAAAUCGCUGAUUUAUAAAUAUCGCUGAGGUCGCUUAAUUCGCAAGAGCGUAAUUCCAUCAGUUUUCCAUCAAAUUUAGUUUUUUUGGUGUCAUUACAAUUGAGAAAAGAUUCUCUGUCAUUUCAUAAGAUUUUUUUUUUUUUUUAAAUUUUUGCGACACCAGGAGACACCUCAGGAUUGGGGGCUGCGACAGUCAAGGGGUUAAAUUAGAAAUUUAUUUUCUGAAUUUGGGAGUACAGGGAUUCUGAAUACUACUGCAAAAGAAUUCUGAGUGAGAGAUAUUACUACUUUAAAUUUGUAAUGUUUUCUUCUUUACCUUAUCAUUCUAAAAUCAUGCAAUAUGUUAUAUUAAUACAACCACCAUAUUAAUGCAAUAUUUGUUAUUUCAGGUGCAACAUAACAACCAUUGCAAGAUAUGCACUCUCCAAUGCACGAAUUCUCUACUUUAAGAUGCACAAUGUAAAGGUGGAGAACAUGGAAGAAAAUGCUAUACAUCUUGAUAUCUAUGAGGAGUGGUUAGUGGAAUACUGCAGCCUUCCCAGGCUUGUCUCACACACCAUCUGCUUACGUGCACAGAUGGUGGUGGUUUUCUCUCAUAAUAUAAUGAAAAGAUUAGAGAACAAAUCCUUGGACAUUAUUUCCUCUAGUCAGGUGUUGUUUGAGUAUAACUAUGUGAUGUACCUGGGUGCAGAUGCACUAGCUGCAAUAAAGCCAUAUCCCAAUGCACGGGGAGCAAAUAUUGUCUUCCUUAACAACACAGUGGAAAAAGCAGUGAACAGAUCUCUUGUGAUCAGUAGAAAUUAUCCAAGUUAUGAGCGUAAAAUACUCGACAAUAGAUUUAACAUUCUGUGUGAGUGCAAUAUCCAUGACACUUUCAAACAGCUGCUGGGCAUUUCUGAGAAGAGUGACUACAAUGACCAAUUACACAACAAGUAGUGAUUGAAAAGUCUCGCUGUCAAAGAAAAUCAGGUUUAGCAUUGUAUAAAAAUGUCAGAGUUUAUUACAGUGAAGAAUGUACAUCAACAUCACUUCCUUUAAUCAUAUCAGCAACAAGUGUCGUUGUAGUUAUAAUCAUCGCCAUUAUCGUGUGUAUAGUGUGUAUUCGUCGUGCUGAAAAAAGCAAAGGAAGAAGCAAAUUACUUGGGUGAAUGCUGUUAUUCUCAAAGCUUUUCAACUCUACACUCAAAUGCAGGUCCACUCUCUCCAUUACAUGGUCAUCAUUGUUUCUCCUUUGAAAACGGUAAUAGUCUUCAACCCUGGGUGGUAGCAGUGCCUGAAGUUAAGACAUAUCAAGAGACUGAGGUGGAUGUGCACUAUGAACAUACAGAACCCAUCAAUGUCAAUAUAAGAGGCUCUUAUCCUGAGCCAACUUCACCUAUUGAUUUCCAACGUAGGGUUCAUACACGUGCUUCAUGUCCUUUUAACUAGAAAUGAAUAUGUGUAAACUAGUAAAGUUUCCUAUAAAUGAUUAGAACUGUAUAUACAUAAACAAAGAUAGUUUCCUUAAUUUACUGGAAAUGAAAAUACAGCAUGUAAACUAGUUUAAUUUCCUUCAAAUAAAUACAAUUAGAAUUGGAUAUAUAUAAACUAGCAAGGUUUCCUUCUGAUUACAAGCUAACCAAAACUAUAUCUUCAAUUAUGUCUAUUAAUUUUUUGGUGUUCUUUAAUAACCAUGUGUUUAUUGAAACAAUACUCAAAAUGUUUGUCCACUAAUUUUGGCAAGGAAAUUAAUUUUAUUAAUAAUGUAUUGCAAAUUCAUGUGUACUCUUCUCAAAAACAAGAUUACUAUACAAUACACAGCAUGUAUAUAUGUAUAUGUGUGUGUGCAUGUGCUUGCAUGUGUGUGCAUGAGUGCACAGGCACACACCCCAUAUAUAUAAUUUUUUUAAUAUACCAGCUGUCUUCCACUAUAAUUUACUUGUACAGUAUAUUUGUUAUAGUACUGGUUUGUACUAAAUACAAACAUUAAGCAAAUUACAUUCUCUAGAAAACUGAUGAAAUAUUAUACCCCAGGUAUUUUAGUUUUUCUCUGAGCUUCAGUCAGUCACUUGGGAAUGGUUAUUUAAUCUUUCUCUCUGUUACUAUUAAUCGUAUGGUUAGUUUGAUACAGUAAAAAUAUACAGUGGAACCUUGGCUUACGAACACCCCACCAUGCGAAUUUUUCAGGAUACAAAUCGUCGUUUGGUUGAUUUUUUGCUUCUGGAUACGAAUGAAACUUCAGGAUGUGAACUUCCCCAUCAAGGGAGGUUUCUUAAAUAUAUAAAUAAAUAAAUAAAUAAAUAAAUAAAAUAUUUCUUUCUUUGCCAAGGUUACAAUGUGUUUACAUAUAAUAUGAUUGGAGCAAAGAAAGCCUCUAUCAUGCUGAGGCAUUUCAGGCAGAUUUAACCUAAUACUAAUAGACUACUUAAGUCUAGACAGGUGAAAAGUGUACUAGUAGUGGUUACCAAUGUUUUGCUGAUGGUGGCACCAACUACUGACUGCCUUUUGAAGUUUCUCCUUACUGUUAUUUAUUAUAUGUAUUUUAUUUUUAUUACUGUUACUGUCAUAAUAAUGAUUAUUAUUAUUAUUAUUAUUAUUAUUAUUAUUAGUAGUAGUAGUAGUAGUAGUAGUACAUACAUGGUGAUGGGUUCUUGAUCAAGGGAAUUGGAUCUGUGCUCCAGGUCCCUAAAUUAAUAAUAAUAAUGAUAAUUAUUAUAAUAAUAUGUAUAUACUAAUAAUAAUAAUACAUAAUAAUAAUUAUGUAUAAUAAAUAAUAACAAUAAUACCAUGUACGUACUGCGUAUAAUUUAGUUUGACAACACCAUGACAAUGCUCACCAGUGCACAUGUGCUUGCCAAGCUACCCUCGCAGUCCAAGGAAUUCUAGUGAUUUCCUUAUGUUUCGUGCAGUUAAUUUGCCAGAUUUUUUUCUUCUAACCAUGGGUUCUAAGAAAGUUAGUACAAAGGACAGUGCCGAGAAGAAAAAGAGGAUGAUUUGCAUGGAAUUAAAGCAAGACAUCACUGAUGAGCACAGACCAGGUACGUAGUGUAAUGAGAAAAACAUAAAAAUUGCACAUAGCGACCACCCUUGCGACCACAAUCCUCCUCCCUCUGCCGUCCAUGUAAUGACAUGUAUUUUAUUCAUUCUAGAGUAUAUAUCAGGUUUCUAUGUUAUUUAUAUUGUUUAUUAUGUCAUAUUAGACGAAUUGUGAUAAAUAAGCCGUAGAGUUGAUAUUAGGGUUAUUUUGUCAUGCUCUUGAGAGCAGGAAUUCAGCUGUAACAAAUUAAUUGCAUUUCAAUUAAUUUAAAUGAGGAAAAUUGACCCAGCAUACAAACAAAUCAGGGUACGAACAAGUCCACAGAAUGGAUUAAAUUCGUAAGCUGAGGUUUCACUGUACUUGGAAGUGAUCUGUCCCAAUGGAUGGUUGCAUCAUGUGGAAAUGUACGUUGAUUAUGAAAUAUUUUUUGAAAAUAUAUAUACAGUAUACAUAAACCAAUUUAAAGCUACCACUCUGUAUGGAAUUAAAUUUUAUAUUAAACCUUUAAACUGUCA